AUUGAUCCUUAUGCACAUGCGCAUUGUAAACAUAUUUUCAUAUUCGGCUUUUCGUCAUGGCGGAAAUGAGUCCUGGAUAUAGCAAUAUUUUGAGAUGAAACUCAACCAUGGAACACAAGGCGCAUGUUGAGAACAUAAAAUACAGGAACUGGGUGAAGGCAGGACUCGGUUUAAAAUACGUUAAAGAAUGUUUGGAACCAUUCUGCGACCAUCUAGUAAACCAGCAGCACAUUGAAAUCUUAGUUAAGGUAAAACAGAAACACAGUCUGUCGUCAGUAUCGUGUGGACUUUGCGAUGUACGCACACUGCAGCCUAAUCAUGUUCAAACCAAAACUAGGCAGUGUCCUCUUGGUCAAAGAUUCUGUAACUGCCAAAAUCCACGCGGAAAAAUUGCAUGUCCAAACAGCGUAUGUGGCGCCAUCUACGAUGAAAUAAUUCAACUUCACGCUUCUACCCCACCAGCUCCAAACUGGAGGAACACAGACGCACAUCAGUGGUGCAAUGAACCAUGGGCUGUUGCAAAAUGCUUCAUAAAUGCUCCGGGAUAUGAUGAGAAGAUAAGAGCUGUUGAGUUUGACUGCCCUGGUCUGUUGCAUAUACUGAUUAACAAUAUAGAUUUUCAGCAACACAUCAAGUGUGUUAUAACUGGUGCGGAUGUUUUUUCUAGGGUUCGCAUGUUUAGAAAUGAAAUAGUCCAUUCCAAUACUAUGGAACUAGAAGACGCCGAGGUUAACAGUUAUAUAGAUGAUAUGAUAGAACUGUUGGAAGAUGAAAAGGAAAUUAAACACAGACAAGAAUCUAAAGAUGCGAUCCGAAAUUUGCUAGAGCUAAAGCAGAACGAUUUCAUUAUAUCAACUACUGACGAGGCAGAAAUCCGUCGUGUUGCCAUGACUGCAAUCAAUGAAAAGGAAAUUGAACUUCAACAGACAAUAGACGAUGCAAAAAAUGAAUUACGAACUAAAAGUGCAGAAGGCCAACACGAUAUUGACAGGAAAGGUUUAUCUAUUCAAUCGGAUCUCAAAGAGACAGGAAAGAAAAUCAGAAACGAAUUGUUGAUAACAGGUGAUGAAAUAAAGUCUACAGCUGAUGAAUGUAAACGCAAGCUUGAGAAGGAAGGUUUAGUUAUUAAAACGUCACUGGAAGAGACAGGAAAGAGACUUGAACAGAAAGGAAUUGAACUAGAAAACAAGCUGGUGAUGAAAAACGCGGAAGCGGAAGUAAAUCUAGAACAGAAACCUCAAGAAGCAAAGUUAGAAUUUGAGUGUAAACAGAAAGUUAUACUUGACAACUUAGAACAAAAAUAUUCAUCUGAAACUGGAUUGGAAUCGGGUACAAAGAACAUGACUGACGAAUCGAUGACUAGUAAUACUGAGGUUAGACAAGAAGCAGAGGAAAGCAGGAAAAAAGCCGAAUUUCAAGAGAAGCUGGUCAAACGAUAUGAAAAAUACGUCAGAAGGGUAUCUUUAUUGCCCCGCCAACCCAAAAGACAUCAGAGGAAUGUCAGUGAUGUAUAUGUUCCUCCCUGGUUGACUGUAGAAAAGAAGAAUGAAGAUACUAAUGGUUGGGAGGAAGUUCAGAUUUUCAUGCACGAAAUAUUCAAAAAUAAAGAAAAGCCCGCAAAAUACAUCUACGUUAUCGGAGAAGCUGGCUCAGGGAAAAGCACGUUUUGUAAAAUGCUGGUGCACUUCUGGUGUAUCGCUCAUCAGUUUCAAGACUGCAGUUUAGAUGAAUCUGACUUAGUGAAAGAAAUGAACAGCUUUAAAUUCUUAUUUUUUGUUUCACUUCGACACUGUUCCGACUGCGGCAGUAUCGAAGAAAUGUUAGAGAAAUCAUAUCGUGAUCCUACGCUCAGAGAUAUUUUACAAAACGACUCCGAUAAAUGUCUUAUUGUACUUGACGGUCUUGAUGAAUGGAACCCUGAUAAAAAACAUCAUUCACAGUUCCUGACACCAGGGCUUCCGGGACGUGAACUCGACGCGGAUUAUACCAUUAUUACAACUUCGAGACAAUGGAAAUUUGAUGCUCUGUCAAUAAGUGAUAGCGAAGUUGAUAAAAAAGUCAAGCUAAAUGGAAUUGAUGAAUAUGAAAUGAAAAACCUCACUGAGAAAACAGUCAAAAUGUUAAAUGACAGCUUUCAAGAGAGUAAAAGUGCAGAAAUGUGUAAAAUCGAUCUUCAAAGCAGACACGUUUCCGAAAUAAGCCAUACACCGUUGAUUUUGCAACAAUUAAUUAGUCUAUGGUUUGACGAUAAACUUCGAGAUAAUUCGAAGUAUGCUAUAUACAGUAGUAUGUUAGCCCUUUUUCUUGAUUGGAAAACUUUCAAGACAACAGAAAAUCAACAAUGCGAGAUAAUCGCCCCAGAACGUACGACCGAUUCGCCACUGCCUGACUAUUUGUGUGAUUUCCAGACCUUUCGUGAAAACACAUUUGUGAUACAGUACCUUUCACAUUUAGCUUACGAAACACUGUUUGACAAAAAUAAAGAAAUCAGGCUGGCAUUCAGUUACUUAGUACUUAAUCGGCUGAACAUACCACAUGACGUGAUAAAGAAUUGUUUGCACGUUGGUAUUUUAAAAGAAGAGCAAAGCGUAAGUUUGCAUGCAAGUGUGCGUCAACAAUCAUCAUUUUCUUUCUUUCACAAGUCAAUGCAAGAAUAUCUAGCGGCAGUGUAUGUCGCUAGCAAGUUCAAAGAAAUGCUAACGUCUCGGAAAUCAUUGCAGAAUGAUGAAAAUGAUCUAACAGAAAUCUGUAGAGAGUUUGUGGGGAAAUAUUUCGGCAGUUGCAAAACGGCUGUUGAUAUUUUAGAACAGUCUAAUGUGUUAAUGAUGCUUUGUGGCUUAGAGCCAAGGUUACUGACAAAUGUUAGUGAGUAUAUCUAUAACGUAACACUUGUUGACGAAACGAUUAUUGAGGAAAGAAAUAAAGCACAGACACAAUACAGUCUGGAUCAUCAUAAAUUUAUCAGAGAUAUUCAAACCUGCAUUUUUAAGUGCACCGAAGAAGUUGUGUCAAGUGCGAAAAAUGUUAACUCGCCUGUUUACAUUUCCGAUCUUUACGUUUUUCGUUCAACGGAUUUGCUACGAUAUAUCCAAUAUAUUACUUUGAAAACUGUUCUAUCGAUAGAAGUAACUGACGAUGGGUUAAGCAUAAUAGAACGUGGUACAAAAACAUUUUCUCUUGCCGUUGAAUAUCUUACAAUAUGUGAUCACUUAAAGGCGGUGAAAGCUAGAAUAAGUGAUGAGAGGCUUUAUAGGAAAGUUGCUCAAAUACUUGAGACAAAUGUUUCCACGCUUGAAACUAUCAGUUUGUUGAAUAUAGACAAGAGAAUGAUACUCUUUCUUGUUUUGAUAAUACCGAAGAUGCGACGAUUAACUACGCUUCAGCUGAAUAGUAGUGCCAAUGUGUCACAGGAUGUUUGUUUAUCGUUGUGUACAAUGUUGAAUCAGACUGCAAGUCUUCAGCAUAUAUCGCUCGGAAUUACUUGUGAGAAAAACAAACAACACCAGUUAGACCUAUCAAACCAUACACAUAUUCAAUAUGUUGAUUUUAUGUUUUGUACUUUCUAUAUGGGCAGUUGUAACACCGACAAUCUAGAAACGUGUAAGCUUGAUAUUAUAAGCGGUGCCAUGAUGAAUCAAGCGUGUACCACUUUAUAUAAAGCCUGUAAAUUGAAACAUCUUGAGCCUAAUGGCGCAGUAUCUCUAAUGUUUAACUACAUAGAAUGUAGAAUUAUUACCGAAAGUCUUAUCAGACUGUUGCCAUCAUUAAUCAGUCUCAGUACUCUCACAUUAUGGGACUUCUAUUUUACUGACAAUAUUAUCGCAUGUCCGAGUGAUAUGAAGAAUCUGAAAGAAAUAACACUUAUUUCAGUAGCAAUGAGUAUGAAAACGUGGUACAAGUUUAUAGACUGUCUUCCUGAGCUUCCGCAAGUAGUAAAGGUAGAAAUAUCUAACAUGGAUAUAAGAGGUGGGACAAUAUACGACAAGGAGACAAUACUUGGCUACGUCAUGCGUGAUAAAAGUCAAGAAGCAGAUGCACGAGCGUAUGUUAGAGAAAAAACAAAUUUAUUUCGUGUGACCAGCGAUAGUUACCUUUUGUUCUGUUUUACUGCCAAGAAAUCAUGACUCCGACCAUGGAUUUAUCAUAAUGCAACGUAUGCUAAUGUAUGCAGGCAAAUUCUGAGAUGUUGUGCAAUUCGGAAGAGUUGACAGUGUUCCAUGAACAAAAGAAGUACAACAUAAACGUUUCGUACUAAACUUACAUUACAGAAUGUCUUUUUAAAAUUCUACAUGUUUAAUUAGUGAAACAAACAUACUUACAGAUUUAUCCAGUUAGUAUUCAUACCAUUUUAUAGCAUCUUGGGUUCAUGCGGUAUCAGUUGUAAUGAUGAUAAUAAAAAGUCAACAUACGUACAAGUACUUCAUGGGUUCUAGCCUGUAUGCGAAAGUCAAAAUCCCCUAUAUAUAAACACUCGUGUAUAGGUAUCGCAUGGUAUUAUGGCGUUUUGAAAUGUAAACGAACGAAAGAUUAAGUCCAUUAACAGCGUUUCCGUUAGUGCAAACUUUAUGUCCUCGAUGGCUGAGUGGUUACGCGCUCCGUUUCGUACAUUUUCGUCGGGAGUUCGAUUCCCAAACCCAUAUACGUUUUUAUUUUAUUUUAUUUUUAAAACUGCCUCUAAUUUCUUACUUAUCGGUUAGGGUUAAGAAAUACAACUGCCAUUAUUAACACGCAGUCAUGUUUAAAUACACUACGCUUUAAACAUAAUGUAAUGUAAGCUCUCCAGUACAACGGGUUAGAUCUAAAAAAAAUGACAAUCUUACACUUCACUUUAAAUAGCAUUGCCCUGCAAUAACUUCAGUUCUGAUUUAUGUAAAAAUGUUGCUGAUUUUAUACAAAAAUAAGAAUAAAGAAUGAAUUAGAAACUGGAGAAAAAUAAUCUUACUUAACGUAUGUUUUGAUAAAAAAAAAAUUGGACAGAUGGAAGAUUCGAGCGUUCAAAAGUAUCGCUACAAAAUGGGCGCUUUUCUAUCCACACAUCACACUGUUAUCUAACUUCGCAUAUCUUUUAUUUCAAACGAGAAUGCUACUGACUGUUUUUUUUUCCAAAAUGCUAAAAAUAGUAUCGCCAUAAUACUGUGCGGUACCUAUAUAGUCUAUAUGGUAUACAUGUACUAAUUAUGAUAAAACGUCUACUUAAGAAAUAAUAAGUUCCCAAACGUGGUUUAACGUAGAAUAACCCGAGUUUUGAGUUCUUAUGCGUAAGAAUAUAUCACGAAGGCCGUAGGCUUAAGUGAUAUAUUGUUUCGCAUUAGAACGAAAAACUCGGGUUAUUCUACGAUAAAUCACACUUGGGAACUUAUUAUUUCGAUUCUAACACGACAUACUAGCUUCUAGUAUCAACAGUGUUAGAAAAAAUGGUAACUACUUUUUACGGCCGUGCUACGCACCUGAAUCGGAUGACGUCAUUGCACGUGAGUGGUUUAUUGCAGAAUAACCCGAGAUAGAUUUUGCUCUACAUGUAUGUAGGUUAUUUGCUUGUCGUGUUAGAAUGUUUAAUAAUCAUGCAAUACAAUAUCUGUGAAAUAGAAGGGAUUUGGUUUUGUUUUAAUCACAUAUUCAUACCUUUAAAAUCUAUUCAUUUUUAUCAUUUAUAUCAAAAACAUGUUUAGUGACACUUUUUUUUCUAUUUUCCAUACCUGUUCUUCAGAUCAACAUGGUAGCCAAAGGUAGAUUUUUAUAUUUUCUGCAAAAUUUAGUAGGUGUAACUUUUAACACGAAACUACCUUUCAAAUCUUGAAGAAUGAGUAUAUAUAUAUAAAUAAACGAAAUCGAUUUGGCAAAUACUAAUUAACCCAUGUGAUGUUAUUUAUUUUUUCAUAAUUUACUUGCUCCGGCACAGACUUACAUACUCUAAUGUCUCAAUUCAAAGACUGUCUCCUAUAUUUUGAAAAAAAGUUAUUACACUUUGGUAAUGCAAAACAAUUCUGUUUUCAUUCCCGCGAUGUUGAUUACGUGAUUAAGGAUCAUAAAUCAUACCUUAUCGUUAAUCACUUGCUAACCUUGUACAUAACUUUUAAAUACUUCUUUGAAACCAUUAUAUUACAUAAAGAUGUGUUUUAUAGAAUGAUGACUAUCUUUAUUAACAGUGACACAAAUCUUCUUCAUUUGUGUGUUGUCACGAUCAAUGAGAUUUGAAAGUAAUGAGUGUAUUUUUUAGAAGAAAGACAAAAAAAUUAAGACACAACAGGUAUGUUAUUCACAAACAAUAAUUUUAUAGUAAUGACCAUAUUUUAGACUAAAUCUGUCCGUUUUAACGCGGUAUGAUACAUUUACAUUGUACAUUGUCUGAUGAUUUGUAGCUUAGAUGUGUCUAUUAUUGUGCAUGUGAUGCACAAGUCUGUAAAUAAAUUUUAAAAGAAA